AUGGAUGUCGCGGAUGAAGCGCUGAUUAAGCAAGCUAUGCAAGCCGUUUCACGCAUAAGGCCCCAGCGGGAUGCCAAGCGCGCUGCCAUUAUGCCCGAGAGUGCAGUUAAGUUCCUAUUUGACUGUCCGGAAUCCCAGUUCGAGGGUAAACCAGAGAAAGGCCUUGUACGAUCAGCUUUCCUCAGCGGGAUAUCACUGAGCCUAAGGUCCGGCGAGUUGCUGCGCAUAAGAAGCCAGGAUAUCACUGAGAUACUACCUGGGGUCCCUGGAACUCGUAUUAGAAUACAUCUCGGUAUCACCAAAGUCAACAAGAUUGAGUACGUGGAGACCUCGUGUGAUGCUUCGAAGGAUGUGUGA